CUCUCUCUCUCUCUCUCUCUCUCUCUCUCUCUCAGAUAAACACAGGAGGAAAGAGCUGGGAAAACACACCUUAUCAGAGUUUUGUGGACAUCAAACUAGUGAUUUGAUGCUCCGGGCAUGAGUGAAUGGCCCCUGACAGAGCAGACAUGACAACAGAGGAAACUCUGGACCCAUGGGUAUCGAGUCCUGUGGGGGAGAUCAAGUCGACACCUGAGCAAGGGCUUGAGGAGGAACUCAACAGAUUCAACCAAGAAACACACACUGCGACAGACACGCCUGGUGAGGAAUGUGCAUCCAUCAGUGACAGAGACGAGUUGUUCUGCAGGAUCUGCCAUGAAGGCGGGGAAUCGGUGGAGCUGCUGUCCCCUUGUGAGUGCUCUGGAAGUCUGGCCAUGGUGCACCAGGCCUGCCUGGAGCAUUGGCUCACUGCCUCCAACAGCAGCCACUGUGAACUCUGCCAUCAUCAGUUUGCACUGGAGCGCCUGCCAAAACCUCUUACUGAGUGGCUGGGUUCUCCGUCUGUGCAGCAGCAAAGAAGAACGCUCUGCGGCGAUGCAGUGUGUUUCCUGUUCAUCACACCCCUUGCCAGCCUUUCAGGGUGGCUGUGUGUUCAGGGAGCCAGAGACCUCUAUAACACCAACGGCAUGGAGGCCCUGGGGCUCCUCGUCCUCACCCUGGCCCUCUUCACCAUAUAUGUCUUUUGGACUGUGGUGUCUGUGCGCUACCACAUGCACCUGUUCAAGACAUGGAAGACUACAGACCAGAGAGUGCGGCUUCAAGUUCCCCCUCCGGCCAACGGCACACAAAAUCCACAGACCCUGUCCAUAAAUACCCUGAAGAGAGCGACCAACAAAGAGACCAUGGUUUAAAAGAGAGACUAUGAUUCUGAGUAUGGCUCGAGGAGAGGAGCAAAGUAAAAGGACAAAUCCUGAAUGAACAGCAGUGAGGACUCUUUCAGGAGCUCGAGGACAGUUGGAGCUUCAAUAACCAUUGCACAAAGUAAGAUUUGGGUCAAAGGAAGAAACUAUGAUGUCUCGCUACUUUUGAGUGUUUUUCAGUAAAAGCUGGCAUCAAAAUGAAAAGUCAUUAUGGUACCUUUAGAAAUGUACAACCAUUUUCUGAUCCACGUUGACGAGGAGCAUCAAGAUAUCCUGACGUUGACGAUUCAAGUGGAAUAAACCCAACCUUGCCAAAUUGAUGACAAACUGUUUAAACUGACAUGAAGGACAAGUGUUAAAAAUGUAAAAGGCACAAGCAGUCCUGGUAUUGCACAUUGUUUCACACAAAUAGUCAAAAAGCUUUGAUAAUCAUUUAUGCCACAUCUGAUUCUAAAGUCAGGGGAGAGGAAGAGUUGAACCCACUUUGGAGAAGACCUCAUGCUGCUCAAGAAGUGAAGAAUGGAGCUUUGACAGGCAAGCUUCACAGUUGGUGUGUGGUUUAUGUAGUUUUGAAAUAAAACAUUUUGUUUAGAGGUUAUCUUGGCAAACCAAAGCUAAACCAUGCCGCUAACAAUACGAGUCAGCACGAGCAUUUGUUAACUGGGACUAUCUUCAUGCCCACCGCUCGUCCUGCCAACUUCAACUCUUGCUACAUUUGUUGUGGUAAACAGGCAAUAAAACCCACAGCCGACAUUCUGACUGAACAGUAGAAUAACUUUAUUAUGAAAUAUUUUUUAACAGUUAGAUAAAAGCAUAAUGUAAGCAGCAGAUUUUGUAUUCACAUGACAGCACAGCUCUCCUCCUUAGAGAGAUCCUGAAAAACAUACAGUCUUUGUUAGCACAUGGGAUCAGUUUUCAUCAUUAGACACAUGCUGGGGUUGUAAAGUUAAAGGAAGCACAACCAUGCAGUUAGGCACAGCGACUAAAGGGAUAGAGUCAAUGCACAAUACAUCCUCACUUGUGGACCUAUUAGAGUCCAGACUAGAUGACUGAUGGAUUCUGUCCAGCCUCCAGCUUUUCAAACUCUUCUGAACCAAAGAACUUCCCAUAAUUCAGAAACCGUAACACUUCUUUUGAUUUUGAGCACGUCAUUACUGUAGAACUGUUCAAUGUUUUCCUGUGA